AUGCUACCGGCCGAAGCCAACUACGAGGACUCGUCACAUCAUCUCUUUGAGAUACUCUCCGACAUCGGAGACAAGGUGCCACGCAUUCUCAUGAAGUUCAGCAAUGAUGUCGAUACCGUCAGCACGAAGAACGGCAACAAAGCUGCACUGAUCGACGCAGUCUCAGACCAGAUCAGGAUUCGUCAAUGCGAGAAGUGGUAUGCCAUCGAGGAAGAGUUCAUCACUGAGGUCCUGACUCUCUUGGAGGUGUUUGCUCAAGUCAUGGUGGAGUUGCUGGAGAAUGAGAACUAUAUGUCGGUGGAGCAUGUGCAGAUUCGAGAGGAGUUGGCAAAGCAGCUCCUGGGUUUCACUGAGACUCUUUCGAUGGUCAAGAGCCAUUUCCUGAGUUGGAGACGCAGCGAGCAGCGAAGAAGGCAAGGACUGUCAAGACCAAGCAAGAGGUGGAUCUACCUUCUGACUCUUGACGGCCUACUCGCGGAUUCACGUGCAUUUACAAGGAGAAGAUGAUGGAGACAUUUCAGAGCUAACCUCUGUUUAGCUGUCACGCAUUGGUGGCCGGCUGAGUACGGAGAUUCAUGCGAACUUUUCAAGGGACGUUCUGCUGGUAUAGCUAUCUGCAUUUUCAAUCUCUCGAUGUCCACUAAUUUGACUUUGGAAUCCAU